AUGGAUAUUGAAGGGAUGGACUUCGUGAACUCUGUAGAAAAAAUUGGGAAAAUAUGCAAAAUAGAUAUACAGCGAAGCAAUGGCAGGGAGCUUACUCAAAAGGAGAUAGAUGAAAAAAAGCACAAAGAAAGUCUUGAGAAUGCUCUUAUCACUGCUCAUAAUUUCUACAGAAAGCUAUUUGGAUACUCCAAGGCUCCCCAAGCAUAUCUUGAAAAACGAGGGUUUAAUGAGGAAACUCUCCUCAAAUUCGAAAUAGGUUUUGCCUCAAACGAUUGGGCAAAAUUCAUAGACCAUGCAACUAAUUACCACAGCAAAACAAAUCUUGAACAAGCCAGCUUAAUAUCAAAAAAUACUGAAGGGAAAUAUUUUGAUAGGUAUAGGAACCGAAUCCUAUUUCCUAUUCAUAACCAUAUCGGGAAAUUAACUGGAUUUGCAGGGAGGGCCAUUGACCCAAAAGAAAAAAUCAAAUACAUUAACCCAGCAAAUGGGUUGCUCUACCAAAAGUCUCAAGUAAUUUUUGGCCUAUACCAAGCCACAAAAGCAAUUAAAAAGCAUAAUGAAAUAUAUGUAGUAGAAGGCUAUACGGAUGUUCUUCGCUUUCAUCAAUUAGGUGUAAGUAAUGUAGUGAGCUUGUCAGGAACCAAGCUAAGCCAGGCGCAAAUUAUACUUUUGAAAAAGUAUUCAAAAAAUAUAACCUUGUGCUUAGAUAACGAUAGCGCAGGGCAAAAAGCUAUCAUUGACAAUAUUGAUAAGCUAAUCAAAGAAGAUAUAGAGAGGCUAUCAAAAUAG